AUGAUCACCGCAUACAAUUCGUCACCUGCAACUGCAGUCACACUCCGCAUUCCUCUCUCUUCAGCUUGCGGCGUGCCUCUUGACCGCUCUCCCACCGGCCCAUACAUAUGGCCAGCUGAUAUGUUUGAAUCGCUUUCCACCUCGUUUGCUAUCUCGAAGAAUCGUGCUACUCGGGCCUUGCGAUUGUACACGUCCUUAAACGAGUCGAUCAUCUUCUUCACCUUCAACAAAAUAAUAACAGACGGACGGAAGGACGCCGUACAACACCUUCGCCGUCCUCAACUGGAAGUAACAAUACUCUUCGCCACAUCGGCGCGGGCCAUCGAACCAUCCACACCGAUCUGCGAAUAUAUCUACUCUAGGGCUUCCUAGCAUGCGUUUUUGCUAUCGGACGGGGAAUGGGGUAGCCUUGUUGUAAGCUACAUAAAAAUCGGUAAGACUUGUCCUCAUGAGACACAUUUGAGAUCUCCCUGAAGUUGAGGGUGAGCCCUUGGGGGUUGACGCCUAUCGCAUCUUGCAGUCAGCUCUUGUCGUCUCAAAAAUAAUCCUUGUCUAUCCCCAUCCACUCCAUCUUCCAGCUAAAAUUAUUAGUAUCUCCCCAGAUCUCCCCUGGUGGUCCAUCAGCCCUCUGAUAGUCAGUACAUGGUGAGUCUGUUAAUCGAUGAUGCACCACUACCAUCAACACCGAUCUAUAACUUCCCUUCUCUCUCUCUCUCUCUCUCUCUC